AUGGCACUUGAUUUAUCCUGUUCCACGCCGACACGGCGAGAACAAUUACUAUCCUUUGAGACCGCGUCUCUGGAAUCAUCUUCCAGCCCCGAACAAGACCAGGACCCUCACACACAGGAUGAUUCGGAUGCCUCUCCUCAGCGAUUCAAUUUCACUCCUCGACGCGUCACAUCACUGCCCCGGGCCUGGGAAAGACGGCCUGCCACGCCUCAUCUGCCGCGGAAUGAAGCUCAGAAAAUAUGGAAGCGGGUGCCGCUGGCGAGUGUCAACAUGAACCAGACGGGGAAUUGGCGCAAGGGUGAUGGUCAACCGAUCAUGAGACCGGUCAAGCGUUUGCGUGUAACUCAUAUUGGGCAACAAGAACAAGAUAAAGAGAACAUCGAUUAUGUGAAUUCCAAGUGGGAUAAAGGUAUUGGAAAUGAGGCGGAGAGUCCGAAGAGGAAGGUCGCUCAUCUUGUCGACUGGGACCUGGCGGAGGAGCAGAAAGGGUCUCCCCUUGAUGUUGACGGCCAUAAUGUUGAUGGAGCGGUCGAGAGUAGGAGCCAGGCGGAUAUGUGCGAGGACAUUUCACCGCUAGCCGCUGAUUUGAAGAGUGAUGACGAGUUGGCAACACAGUCCGGGGUGGAGGAGACUUCGCGGCCCGUCAGAGAUCCGAACACAACAACGGAAUCAGUCCUAAUUUCGCAAGAGAACCUCCUACUUCGACCUACUUGCACACUAUCUGUGGACCACGAUGAUACUGCAUACCUGAAUGACUUUCUCAGUCGGGCGCGGGCUCAGAAAGCAGCCAGGUCAUCCUCCAGCCUGGAGACUGUGACUAUGGAUGGGGAGGCUGUGGAAGAGGAGGACUUGAUGGAGGAAAACGAGGAAACUGAAGUGGCAGAAAAUGGCACCGACUCAGAUGGUAUCGCUGAGGUCAGGGAGACAGUACUCGCACCUCAAGAUGAUACAGAGGCAAAUCUCUGCUCUCCCCGUCGAAGCUCCCGGCUGAUAACCAGACUACCACGGCCACAGAAGCCAGUGACGUCGGUUCCGAGCAGCAUUACGCUGAAGCGACUGAAUGGGACCGAAUUUAUUUCUAUGCAAAAGGAAACGCAAUCAUUGGCAUUGACAACAAGAACCAACACGAAGCGAAACAAGGGGCUGGCACAAUCAGUUCAACAGAGGCUUAGGCAGCUUGAUGCUGAGGCGAGGGUGAAACAGCCAGAAAUAGGAGGAGUGGAAGGUGAAGCGAGUAAGAAGAAGAGGAAGAAAGCGAAGGAGGUAGGUUGGGCGGAAGAGCUGGCUCGAUGUCAAGACGGAACAAUCAUCAAGCCGUCGGCGCAAGCAACGGAGAUGAAUGAGGCCGAGGUAGAUUUGCCUGUGCAGAUUGCGCAAGUCUAUGAAGGGGAGAACAUUACGCCUGCGGUGGAAGAGCAGCAGGAGAAGAAACAAAUUAAGAAGGUGCGGAAACUCCGAAAACUCAACGUGGGGACAGUCAAUGGUACACCGGCACCCAAAAAAACGCAGAGCUUGGAAAUUGCUCCGGCGCCGGCCAUCAACGUUGAGAGGGACAUUGGUAUGUCUAAGGCUUCAAAGGACGGUGACCGCCACGAGUCGAAGGAGCCAGGCAAGUCGAUUAGGCCUCCCAGUGCUGGUAUUCUAAAGGAGGUACCGGCGAAGACGACGCGGAGCAGGAGAAGAGUGUGA